AUGUCCGCCUCCUCCUUUGUCACCAUCAACCAGCAGCUGGACAAGCUGCUGGCGACGCUGCCGGAGGAUGCGGGAGAGGAGGGGCAGCACGAGGUGUUGGAUCGCUUGAUAGAGGACAACGAGGACGCAGGGACGGCGUUGCGGAGGGAGGCAGAGAGCGCGGAGGAGAUGCUGGUUCGCGAAGCUCUCAAGGUCAUCGGAGAUGAUCGAAGCCGCGAUGCUCUUCAGCAGCUGAGCAUGCAGGUGGAGCUCAUCGCUCGAGGGCUCAACCCAGACUGA